GUAACCGUUUCUCCUGUCAUAACUAUAUCAAAUGGAAUGAUGAUAUUCUGAGUCCUCUGCACCCCAGCAUCCCCACUCCGCGAAACCCGAUCCUCGGAUACGAACGGGACUAUCACUCACCGGCUGACCUGUCUCAAAAAUAAUUCCAGCACCAUGCAGUUCAGUACGCAUCCAUAAUUCGGUAGUGGAAUGUUAGUAAGGAGGAACCAAGAGGGGAGGAAUAGACCAAGAGCACGGAUAUCUUGCAAGAGAUGGCAGAAUCAUCAGAAACAACUCCACUCCUUCGCGACAAUGCGGCCGUGGAAAACGGCCAUCCCACGGCUGUACCCCCGCCUGCUGCAGAUGACUCCGAUGCACCUCUGGCGGACGAACCAACACCCAAGGAGCUGCUUGUCAUUCAAUCAAGUAUCUGGCUAGGGGUUUUCUUCGCUGCCUUGGAUGCCACCGUUGUUGCGACGAUCUCCGGUCCAAUUUCAUCGUCGUUCAAUUCCCUUUCCCUCCUUUCCUGGCUCGCUUCAGCAUACCUGAUUUCGAACGCCGCUUGUCAGCCUCUUAGCGGGAAACUAACCGAUAUCUUUUCACGUCGAACCGGCCUCGUAGUAUCGAACGUACUAUUUGGGCUCGGAAAUUUGAUCUGUGGUCUUGCCCAGGAUGAAUGGGUAAUGAUCUUCGGCCGGGUGGUGGCAGGAAUGGGCGGAGGAGGCUUGACGGCCAUUGCGACUUUUGUUACCUCCGAUCUUGUCCCGCUGCGCAAAAGAGGACUGUGGCAGGGUAUUGGCAAUAUAUGCUAUGGCGUGGGAAGCGGGCUGGGAGGAGUAUUUGGGGGUUGGGUCAAUGAUACUUGGGGCUGGCGUUGGGCAUUCCUGGUCCAGAUACCUUUUAUCGUGGUAUCUACUGUUUUGGUCUGGUGGAGGAUCAAAAUCCCUGUCAAAGAGACCGAUGUCUCACGCUGGCGGAGGGUUGAUUUCCUUGGAGCAGGAGCCUUGGUCCUGACGCUGGUCCUGCUUUUGUUCGGUAUAAACACCGGUGGCAAUCAAGUGCCAUGGAGCCAUCCUAUCGUUGUGGUUUCGUUGGUGCUGUCCGGCGUAUUCCUUUUCGUCUUUAUCUACAUUGAAGAGAAGGUGGCUUCUGAGCCUGUUAUCCCCGUUCGGCUGCUGACAGAUCGGACUGUCCUCUCCGCCUGUCUGACAAAUUGGUUUGGUACGAUGUCGAUAUUCGCUGUGUUCCUUUACGUGCCGCUUUACCUCCAGAUUCAGGGAUAUUCUACAACGCAGGCUGGUGCACGACUCAUCGCCCAAGCGGUGGGAACAUCCAUCGGGUCGCUGGGACUGGGACUUUUGAUGCGUGUUACCGGUCGUUACUUGUUCUUAAGCUAUGUGUCCGUUAUCCUUCUGGCUGUGGGUUCCAUUCUCUUCAACACCUUCACUCUCGGAACGCCGGCCUGGCCGCCGUUCCUGUACCUGUUUAUCGCUGGGCUCGGUUACGGUGGCAUGAUCACCGCCACCCUGGUAGCGUUGAUAUCCGCCGUUGCCCACGCACACCAGGCCGUCGUGACGUCAGCGUCCUACGCCUUCCGUAGCACUGGAAGCUCGAUCGGUAUCAGUAUCGCUUCUUCCGUUUUUCAGAAUAUCCUCAAGUCUGGUCUGUGGUCGCGGUUCGGUGGCCGCGAAGAGGCAGCACGCCUGAUCCCGAAAAUCCGUGAUAGUCUGGAUGAGAUCAAUCACCUCCCUGAGGGCUGGUUGCCAGGUGUGCUGGAUGCCUACAUGGAUGCCCUGAGGGCAGUGUUUGCAACAACUCUGGCCCUAUCUCUGUUGGGUGUUGUGGUGAAUUUUGGAAUGAGAGAACACAAACUGCAUGCGAAUCUGGCAAGAAAAUGAGCUUUUUUCUGUUGAUUGAUAUAUGGAUUGAGAACCCGCAGGGUUAACCAAAAAGCUGUGGAGUGUCUGGGCCUUUGCAAAAUACAUAGAUAGC